AUGAAAUCUGCUUUAGUAGUGGUUGAUUUACAAGAGGACUUUCUUCCUUCCGAUGGUUCUUUGGCUGUGAAGGAAGGUAGGGAUAUAAUAUCACCUAUUUGUGAUUUGUUGGAUCUUUCAAAAUACAAUUGGUCAACAAUUAUAGCCACUCAAGAUUGGCACCCUCAUGAUCAUAUCUCAUUUGCUUCACAACAUGGAGUACCACCAUUUACAGAGAUCGAGUUCAAACAUCCCUUGGGUCAUAAACAAGAUGGUGAAACUAUUACAUUUACCACACCUGUGUGGCCGGAUCAUUGUGUACAGAAUACCUUUGGUUCAUCUAUUGAUGCUCUGUUCAUUGCCAAAUUCAAUCAAUUGGAUGACCAGAUCCCCAAAUCCAUUAUCAGAAAAGGUUAUUUGAAAGACAGAGAAUAUUAUUCAUGCUUCAAAGAUAUCUGGAAGUUACACAAAACCGAAAUUGAAGAUGAAUUGACCAAAUUGGGAGUCACAGAUGUAGUUUUCGUGGGAAUUGCUUAUGAUUUCUGUGUAAUGCAUUCUGCCAUCGAUUGUAAGAAUGCUGGAUUCAACUCUUAUGUGGUGAAGUCCUUGUGUAAGAGUGUAGUUCCCGAAAAUGACGACAAGACUGAUCUCUCUUACACUGAGAAGGGAGUAAAAGUCCUUCAGUCUGUUGAUGAGUAUAAGUUCUAG